AUGCUCGACGAUGGGAUCGAGUUACAAGUCGCCCUGGAUGCCAUGGCUGCGGGUGACAUGGAGCCCCUCAAGCACUACUUUGCCAACCUCCAGGGCGUCGACCCUGCGACGGUCACUUUGCGUGCCAGUCCUUGGCGGCCACCCCCCGAGGCGGCGGAGGACACCUCAAACUACAAUUUCGAGUACAUUGGGAAAGUGGACAACGUCCAGGAUCCCAACGAUGAGGCAAGUACGCUGCCCGAGCGGUCGCUGGAGAAACCGACCGUCCGCUUCGAUACCACGUCUACGCCUUUCACGUACACCCCCCUCGAAAAGCGAGAGUUUCGACUGAUGAGGCUCGCGCCGCCAGAUGCAGCGGGCGUCACACACGAGAUCGAAGUGAAGACGUUCCCUCUGGACGAAGCACCGCCUUUCUUCUGCCUGUCCUACUUCUUACCGACACUUGUGGCGCAGAACCUAUACCAUGCACUGCGCACCUGUUUCAAUCGAUUCAGCAAGUCGUGGCUGUGGGCGGAUGGGCUCUGCAUCAAUCAGGGGGAUCUCCACGAGCGGUCACAGCAGGUCAUGCUCAUGGGCGAGAUUUACAGCAAGGCGUCCAUGGUACUCGCCCAUCCCGGUCACUAUUCGUACGGGCUCUCUGACUCGGAAGCGGAGGUUGAAAGCACUGCUGGCCAGCCAACGAACCCUGACAAUGUUGCGGCACUGCACGCCUCGGGUCAGCUGGACUUGGGCGAGGUGCCGGACGCACCCUUUGAUGCGGAACUGGAUGCGAGCACAGAAAGCGCGCAGGUCGCCAUCAGCAUCAUGACCUACUUGACGAGGAUAUGGGACGCUUCGCCGGAUUUCGAGAUCAAGUCGGACGCCGAAUGGCGAAAGCACCGACUGCCCGACCCCAACACGAACGAGGGGGCGGCCGUAUGGACCAGACUGAUUGAUUUCUGGCGCGUGGACUGGUUCUGCCGCGCGUGGGUGCUGCAGGAGCUGGUUCUCGCCAAGAAAGUCGUCAUCCUGUACGGCAUGGCCGUCUUCAGCCUGGAUGCUGUCAUGGAGUUCUGGGGCAAGGCGCAGACACGAGGCUUGCCGCGUCUCCUGAGGCUCGGGGUCCUUGCGGAUCAAAGUGCGCGAAUCGUGCAUCUGAGUCCGGCGAGCUCGCUCCAGACGCUCAUCGAGCAGAGGAAGACGCCCAGCGAAGAGGAGCAGUCUGGCGAUGAGGGAAGCAAGACGUUGGCAGAGCCGCCCAUCACCAAACAGCCAUCGCACUUCCUGGAGCUCUUGGCCAUCACGAGAAUGAACAAGGCCACAGACAACAGAGACAAGAUCUAUGCACUCCUCGGUCUCGUGGACGAUGCCAUUUCGCAAUCCAUCGUGCCGGAUUAUUCAGCCAAGAACCCUGUCCAUCAAUUAUACAUUGACGUGGCGCGCAAGUUUGUGGAAGCUGGUCUUGGACCCAGGCUGCUCCAUCUUGCGGGCGUGACUGCUCAGACGCCCGAUCUACCAACCUGGGUCCCAGACUGGACGAGGCAAACGAGGUCGAGAAUGACACCCGACCUGUACAGCUGCAUGGGAACCACAAAGCCAACCAUACGAAUCAUCGAUACCGAGGGCGAGAAGCCAAAGCUCGUGGUUCGUGGCGUGGUGCUGUCGACGGUCAAGACAGUGUCCUUGGCCUGGCGAUACUACUCGCACGACGAGGACGAGUCGACAUUCUCCGGUUUCAAGGGCAAGCCUGACGUUAAGAUCCCCCCUUUCAAUGACGAGGACGGGCGAAACGUUGUCCUAUCCAUGGCACUCGAAAUUGAAGCGGGGUCCGGGGCGAAGCGCUAUGCCGAGGAAGGCUUCGAGACCGCGUUGGCACGAACUCUCGCGAUGGAUCGCUCAUGGCGAGGCGAGAGAAUUGCCCGUGGCAAGGCCCCCGGGGGAGAACAGCCUCGACGGGACGUCGCCGCCGAAUUCCUCGACGCGUUCGCGGCGUUCCGCGCCUUCUACAAGCGAGGCCUCGAAUCGCCAGACGAUGAGAAUAUGCCUGGCGCACGCGUCCACCAGACCUUCAUCUUCAAGUGGCUGCUGAUCGACAUGGACCAAGCCAUGGAAGACGAGCUGCAGCAACGCAUGGUGCCCUACACCGUCGCCAUGCAGGAAGCAUCGAGAGGCCGGCGGUUUGCCAUGCUGUCCGGGAAGAGCAUCCGGCAGAAGGAAGCAGACAAGGCGGCGGGCGACAGACGGUACGAAAUGGAUGACCGCGCGUUCAUUGCCUCGGUCCCAUACGAUGCUGAGAAGCAGGACAUUGUCGUCAUGCUCGAAGGAUUCAAUGCGCCAUUUGUGCUGAGGAAGACCAGCGUCGAGGGAGAGUAUCAGCUCGUCGGUGACUGCUAUGUGCAUGGGGUGAUGGAUGGGGAACUACUGAGGAAGGCCGAAGAGGCUGGGGUCCAGCUGAGGGACGACCAAGUCGUCUACGGAGAUGACGGUCAGAAGUUUGGGGUCCGCGUGCCAGACGGCUUCGGCACGGUGCAGGAGUUUACCAUCUGCUAAAUGCCGGAUAUGAUCAGG